UUCACCCCCUUCUAAUGUCAGCUGAACAAUCGCCGAAGUCCGCCUCUGUCAGCGAACAACAAAAUCGCCGCUGUGUAACACUCCAAAACCAGCUCCAUGAAUCUCAAAACUUGAAUAUCUCUCUUCGUCGUGAUUUUCCAAAGACGAUGAUACAAUGGACGGCAUUGCCUACUCCAUUCCCAUUCCGUACAUCAGGUCAGUCAAUUUCUCUUUUAUUUUCCUUUGUCAAAUCUUUCCCAUUUUCCAUCACUUCUUCAUUCCCAGAAGAAUCUCAAGAACCCUUUUCCUCCAUUGACCAACAACUCCUCAACCUUCUUUCAAAUCCAAAUUGGCAAAAACACCCUUCCCUCAAGAUUCUUAUUCCUUCUCUAUCCCCUUCUCUUCUUUCUUCUUUCCUCUCUCAAAACCACUCAAAUCUCAAUCCCCAUAUUACCCUCUCCUUCUUCAAUUAUCUCUCCCGUAUCCCUUCUUUCAAACCCAAUGUUCAUUCCUAUGCACCCCUUUUACGUAUUUUGAUUUCCAAUAAGCUAUUUCAGGUCGCUGAAAAAACCCGCCUUUCCAUGAUUAAAUCCUGCGAAACGUGUGAAGAUGCCGUUUUUGCAAUGGGUUUUCUGCGAAAUAUGAAUAAAUGUGAUGAGUUUAAGCUUAAUUUGUGGGCUUAUAACACGUUGUUAAUGUCAUUAUCGCGGUUCGUUAUGAUUGAGGAAAUGAAAUGUCUGUAUGAUGAUAUGUUGAAUGAUAUGAUUAAGCCUGAUAUUUAUACUUUUAAUACAAUGAUUAAUGCUUAUUGUAAAUUGGGUAAUGUUGUUGAGGCUGAGCUUUAUUUGAGUAAGAUCUUGCAAGCUGGUUUGAGUCCUGAUACGCACACCUACACGUCGUUUAUAUUGGGGCAUUGUAGGAGAAAGGAUGUAGAUAGUGGUUUUAAGGUUUUUAGGGAAAUGCCGAAAAAGGGUUGCCGAAGAAAUGUGGUUUCGUACAAUAAUUUGAUUCACGGGUUGUGUGAAGCGAGGAGGAUGGAUGAGGCGAUGAGGUUGUUUUCAGGAAUGGGAGAUGAUGAUGGUUGUUGUCCUAAUGUUCGAACCUAUACGAUUCUCAUUGAUGCAUUGUGUCGAUUAGAUAGGAGGGCAGAAGCAUUGAGUAUGUUCGGCGAGAUGAAGGAGAAAGGCUGUGAGCCGAAUGUUCAUACUUACACUGUUCUGAUCGAUGGCUUGUGUAAAGACUCCAAGCUUGACGAAGCAAGAGCGUUACUAGAUGUGAUGUCAGAAAAGGGGCUAGUUCCGAGUGUGGUGACAUACAAUGCUUUGAUUGAUGGUUACUGUAAGAAAGGUUUGGUUGAUGUUGCAUUAGCUAUUUUUGACACGAUGGAAUCGAAUAAUUGUAUCCCUAAUGUACGUACAUACAAUGAAUUGAUUUCUGGCUUUUGUAGGACAAAGAAGGUGCAUAAAGCAAUGGCACUACUUGAUAGGAUGCUUGAGCGCAAACUGUCUCCUAGUAAUGUCACUUUUAACUUGUUAGUUCAUGGACAGUGUAAAGAGGGCGAAAUAGAUAGUGCAUUUAGGUUGCUUAGAUUGAUGGAGGAGAAUGGUUUGGCUCCUGAUGAUUGGACUUAUGGUACUCUAGUUGAUGGCUUGUGUGAAAGAGGCAGAGUUGAAGAAGCUAACACCAUUUUUAGUUCUCUAAAAGAGAAAGGUAUAAAGGUUAAUGUUGCAAUGUACACUGCUCUAAUUGAUGGACAUUGCCGAGCUGAAAAAGUUGAUUUUGCCUUGACAUUGUGCAAGAAAAUGAUUGAGGAAGGUUGCUCCCCAAAUGCAUGUACUUAUAAUGUGCUGAUUAACGGGUUGUGUAAACAGGGUAAGCAACUGGAAGCAGCCCAAUUACUUAAAAGGAUGCCAGAAAGUGGUGUUAAACCCACAAUCGAAUCCUACAGUAUCCUGAUUGAGCAGCUACUAAAAGAAUGUGCCUUUGAUCAUGCUUACAAGGUUUUUAAUUUAAUGGUUUCCAUGGGACACAAGCCUGACGUCUGCAUUUACACUUCGUUUCUGGUUGCAUAUUACAAUGAAGGGAAAUUGAAAGAAGCGGAAGAUGUGAUGGCUAAGAUGGCAGAGGCGGGAGUUAGGCCAGAUUUGAUGGCCUAUACAGUAAUGAUUGAUGGCUAUGGUCGUGCAGGAUUAUUAAAUCGAGCCUUUGAUGUGCUAAAAUGUAUGUUUGAUGCUGGAUAUGAACCUUCUCAUUAUACCUAUUCUGUUUUGAUCAAACAUUUGGCGCAAGGAGGACUUGAUCUCAAAACAGAGGCCAGUUCCAUCAAUAUUGCUGACGUGUGGAAAGUAGUGAAAUAUGAAACUUUGCUUAAACUCUUUGAUAAAAUGGGGGAACAUGAAUGUCCUCCAAAUACAAACACUUUUAGUUCGCUUGCUAUUGGACUCUGUAGAGAAGGACGCCUUGAGGAAGCUUCAAGGUUACUUGAUCAUAUGCAGAGUCGCGGAAUGUCUUCUUCUGAAGAUAUAUACACCUCAAUGGUAAAAUGUUGUUGCAAGUUGAGAAUGUAUGAGGAUGCAGCAAGAUUUCUUGACACUAUGCUUACCCAAGGUUUUUUACCACGCUUAGAGUCAUACAAGCUCCUUAUAUGUGGAUUAUAUGAUGACGGGAACAAUGAUAAAGCUAAGGCAACCUUCUUCCGGCUUCUUGAAAGUGGGUACAAUAAUGAUGAGGUAGCUUGGAAACUUCUAAUUGAUGGCUUACUUAAGAGGGGACUUGUAGAUAGAUGUUCUGAGCUGUUGGAUAUGAUGGAGAAAAAUGGUUCUCGGCUUAGUUCUCAGACAUAUACAUUGCUGCUAGAGGGAUUUGAUAGAGCAGGCAACAAAUAAAGUAUGAAAUUCCUUCUAUUUGUGAUUCUAUUGCAUAUGUUUGUGCAGUCAAGGAUGUCCACAACUGGAUCUGCAUGUGAACCUUGAUACCCUGUUGCUUGAAUAAAGGCCUCUCUCAUUUCCACUCCUGUGGGCUAUUCUUUUUAAGGGAAAUUUGCCUUCCAUGAGGUCAGUUCGGAGUCGUCAUGUGGUAUAUGCAGUGACUUCUGACAGGGAGUGCCACCACUUGAUGUGCCAGAACUGAUGGCAUAUUUAGUUGCACCGUCGGACCCAUUUUUGGAUCAAAUUGGAAUAAGAAGAGAUAUAUCAGAAAAGAUUCUGGAAAGUCCAUGCAGCAAAGGACGAAGCAAACUUUGGCUACAUUCCUUACCCGAAGGAGGGUCCUCACUGAUUGAAGUUACAAGGUCUUCAUAAAUCCUAGUAUCAGUGAUGUGCUCUGCACUGCCACGGCCGAGGCUCUUGCCAUGGGGAAAUCUGUAGUCUGUGCAGACCACCAAUCUAAUGAAUUUUUCCAGGCAUUUGACUUACAGGACAUGUGAAGACUUUGUAGGAAAGUUAAAGAGGCAAUGUCUGGCGAACCUCAGUCUCUCACUCCCGAGGAGCAAUAUCAGCUUUCAUUGGAAGCUGCUAUGCAGAUGUUCAUUGGAAAUAUUCUGAUCUCAAUAAGGUUUUGAGUGGCAAAAUGAGUAUGGGCAGGAGACAUCAGAAGGGCAUAGGGAAAUCAACUUCUAUGCCAAACCUAGACGAGAUGGUUGAUAGGGGUCUGGCGUUUGCCCACAAUUGUCUCACAGGGAAUGAGUUCCUGAGGUUGUAUACUGGUGUAAUACCUAAAACUCAGAUUUAUGACAAACAGCAUUGCAAAGAUCUGCAUUUCUUGCCUCAGGUAGAAAACCCAACAUAUGGCUGGUAGACAGGUACAUAAUUGACGUGUAUGUCAUUGUUUUCUAAUAUGUAUAAGAGGGGUGUCAUGCGAACUGGAACUUAGAUCGUAUUCUAAAGGUCUAGGUAAAUGUUCGUGAUGCUUUCUAGCUAUUGAUGCGGUUAAACCUACAGAGAAGUUAAUAGUAUCAUCAUACGUACAGUUUGUAACUUGUAAGAGCUGUACCUCUUGUGUCACUCUUUAGCUAUAAUGCUUGAGAGAAGAGAAAGCUGAAGAAGAAGUAGCUGCUCAUUGAUGGAAAAAAAUUAGAGUUGUUGCUCAUUUAUGACCCUCUUCUUUUUCCCUUGUUUUUCUACUCUAUUGGAGCUUACGUUCUAAAUAAUUGAAGGAUGUGUGUCUUGAAAUAUA